GGGAAUGUGGAUAGCAGAAGCAACCAAGGAACAGGCGGAGGAGAUUGAGAUGUGCAUACCGCCAUUUUGAACAUGUGCAUGCCUACUUACUCUGUGCAAGCAAUAUGUAGAUCCAUAAGGGGGUCACAACGGUGAUUUCCUCACUUUCUGGUCAUUUAUUUCUCCUUAGUGGGCAAAGUAGCUAACUAGCUCGUACUAGAUCUCCACCAUCUCAGGGGUUGAAGGGCCAAACUUCCCCAUAAACUUGUUUCAAGCUGGUUGAUCGUUAACCUACGGGCGAUUAAAACAGAAAGCUACGGCUAGGAUCCAAUUUCAAGAGGAAACAAAGAGAAAACAAUAAUAUUGAGCUAUUUCAUUGCACCAAACACCUCAUAUAGCUUCGAGAUGAAAGCGAGUUUAAAAAAACUGGAGUGGCCACGGGAGAGGUCCCAAAUUUAACUCUAUAACUACAGUACGCGGCCAGCGGGCUCAGCAACUCGAUACGGCGAGCAAUUAACAAGAAAGUAGGAUGACGAGUCGCUUGUCUGCUUGUCCCGAAGACUUGACAACGUGGGAGAUGCAGCCAAUGAGACCAGACAAAGGCCCUGAGGAGAGGAAAAAAGACUUGUCUCAUGAAACUGCCAGUAGAGGAAAACCUACCAGACCUGAUCAAUCAAGGCAUGUUAGAGUUGCGCCAUCUGCGAGGUUCAGAGUAGUUUCCAUCCAGCUGGGUACCUGCACGCAAGUAACACCUCGUUGUGGCUGGUGUAGCAGGUAUCCAAUACCUGUUUCUCGCAGUGUACUUGCGCUGCCCGUGGCUGGCUGGCGGGCGCAGGUGCAUUGACAGCUGCCACCACCAGCAGCCUAGGACAUGUAUCAUACAGAGAGAGCACCUUCAUCCUCA